AUGUCAAACUACAGCCAAGUCUCGGACUGGUCGGACGCUCGUCUGGAGGACGAUUCGGGGGACGACGAUCGUUUGGCAGUUGUCAAGUUGACGGAGCGUUGUCGUCAUCGAGCAGCCGCGAAGGCUGCUGAGGAAUGGGAACGGGAGGAGGCUGAGGAGGUCAGAAGGGCCACCGAAGCAUUGAAAAAGAGGAGGAAAGAGGAGGCAGUGGCAAGGAAGCAUAAAUCUAUUGCAAUGUCGACGCUGUCGACCAGUGAUUGGCCCCCUGUGUGUGCCAGGUGCCUCAAGUGCCACAUCAAGUGCGUGCCAGGCAAGGAGGGGCUGGGCAAGUCGUCGUGUGCGGGUUGUCGUGACGCCAAGAAGAGAGUGAGGGUGGAGGAGGAGGUGGAGGUGGAGUCGCCGCAGAUGGAGGCUAUCCGUCAGCAGACAGCUCUGAUGAGGGAUGGUGUGGGGUGGCUUGCUGCGAUCAGCGAGCAGCUCCGGGUCCAUAACACCAUGAUGGGCAGCGCCUUGGCCAGCGGGUCGAGGAGGGGGUCCAGCAACUCAGCUGUCGACAAGGUGGUUAUGGGGGAUGAGGAGCCUGAAGUGGGUGGGAGGCAGGCUAUGGUGCCUGAGAAGGAGGUUGGGGAUGAGGAGCCGGAGGUGGAUGUCCCAGUGUUCAUCCUUCAUGUGGGCAUGGUACCUAGUUCCUAA